AGUGAGUUUUGAUUUCAGCACAGGUAAUCCCAGAAUCCCAGAGACAUGUUACAGGUUGGGCUGAGCUUUUCCAGCUGCCCUGAAGGCACUGCUAUUGAUUUCCCUUCAGACAAGUCUGGGAAUCAGAGCAGGUGUAAUUCUGUCUUGGUGAAUUCAGAGGAAGGUGACAUGGAAGCCCCACAAGGGACAAUCAGUUCUCCUCCAAUCUCUGUGGUGAUCACCUCUGAGGCUGAGACUUGGGACAUUGAUGCAUCUUCUUGCAUGGGCUCUGGACAGUUUGUAGAUUGGGAUAAGAUGCCAGAAUUGGAUCAAGAGACAAAGAGCCACAGAGAGAUCCUCAGCAAAACCACUAGGGAACUGAAAAAGCUGGCAAGAGAAGGCUAUUGGACUACCAGCCACAGUCUAAGAGCUCAGGCUUACCACCAUAUCAUCCAGCAUAUCCCCUGCCGGCUUGUGACCCCAGAUGCUCUGGUCUAUAAGGAUGUGGCAAUCAGGCUGUUUGGAAAACAGAAUGUGAGCUCCCAUCCGUUGCCUGAAUUCCUUGAAGGAUGCUUCAUGCCCAUGUAUUGCCUGACUAGGGAAGGUACAACAGCAGUAAAGAAAAUUCUCAUCUGCAUUGGCAACCUCUUCCCUGACAUCACCUACUGUCCAAUUCUGCCUGCAAUUGUAACUCUGCUGCUGCACUACAAUGAAGAUGAAGCUCAGUGCUUUGACAAUGUCUCUCACCUCAUUGCUUGCAAUGACUCCCACAUCAGCUAUAUUGACCAGUCUUUCUUGGCCCACAAGGCUUCCUGUAUGACGUUUGGGGAUCUGGCUAACAAGCACUGCCCCACAGCUCACAGAUUAAUAGCAAGUGCUUCUGAGAAUGUCUCAGAGGUCUAUUCUGAAUGGUUAACAUGGCUCUUUGGUGAGCUUCCCUUUGAUUAUGCCAUACGCAUACUUGAUGUAUACCUAUUGGAGGGACAGAAAGUCCUCUACCGGAUUGCUCUGGCCUUGCUGAGACAAUACAAGCUCUUGGUGACCUCAAGAGAGCUUGAAGUGACUGACAUCAAAGGGGAUUUGCAAGCUUUCAUGCAGAACAUUAGAGAGCACAUGACUGUUGAUAAGCUACUAGAGAGAGCUUUUGGUAUCAGGCUAUUCUCCCGCAAGGAAAUCUGGCUUCUUCAGAUGGCAAACAGGAAGGCUUUGCUGGAGAAAGGGAUUACUAUGGUGCAGCGCAGACAGUCAUUCCACCUGGCUGUGGAUAUGAUGAAGUUCAGCUCUACCAUUGUAACUGCCCAAGAGAUGCGUAUCAUAUGGUCCUGGAUUCCUGAGCGAUUCUCCUUAUUCCCUCCUGUCUUAUUAUUCUCCACCUCAGACGAUGGGUACAGCUUACAAAGGUUUUAUUCAUGCUGUGAAGGUUACGAACCAACAGUACUGCUCCUAAAAACAACACGGGAGGAAGUGUGUGGUGCAUUUCUGACUUCUGACUGGAAUGAAAGGAAAAGGAGUGGGGGUACAUCCAGCUUUUUUGGCACAGGGGAAUGCUUUGUUUUUAGCGUGCGCCCUGAAAUGGAGAGGUAUGAGUGGGUGUUUAUCAAGAAACCAGAGCUGACCAAGGCAGUCCCUCGUUCACCCCGCCAGCGCUCAUCUUCUCUCUCCUCCCCCACCGACAUCUCAUCUUCCCCUAAUGGCCACGUGGCCAGUUCAAACCACCUCUCAGUGCCAGUUCUGCAGAGAGGAAAGGUUCGCCUUUCUCCAUUUUUGGCAAUAAGACACUUCCUGCUGCCUUCAAAAACAGCUUCCAUGUUCAUGUCUGGGACUCAAGAAGGAAUCAUUAUUGGAGGUGGAGGAGGCCAAGCUCUGUGCAUUGAUGCUGACCUGCUUCAUGGAAGGACAGAGCACUGUGAGACAUUUGACAACCCUCCGCUCUGUGAAGAGAACUUCCAGGUGCAGCUCCUUGAAGUCUGGGGUUUUCAGAAUGCCUAAAUUAUUGCUGAAAUUGCUUCUGCCUGCCCCAUAUUAAUCAAUGAAAGAUUCAUCACCACCAGAGGAUGUAUGACUGAUUGACUCCAAAGGCCUGACUGUCAUGGAGAAAGUCCCCACAUGGUGGCAGCCUGCAUUUCUCUUGCUACUUUGUACCCCACUGCUAGCCAUUCUCCAUAUUUUCCAUCUUCAUCAUAGUGGACAGUGAUGAUGACUAGGAAUGAGGGAAAUAAAGGUCCACAGUACAACCUGUUGUUAUAGGUACUGCCUUGCUAUGAAUGUAUGAUAAUAACUCAGCCCCAAAAUGUUUGCACACAGUUCAGAUUAAACCUCCAAUUUCUGGAGUUUGGAAAAAUGAGCUAAUUUGCAUAUUUUCUUGAAUCUUUCUACAACUGACUUGUAAGGUUUCCAUCCUGGUCCCAAGUCCAAAAUGAUUAUAACUAGGAAUAGAACCUCUAUAGUCUUUGAAGGUCACCAGAUAGUGCAUGCAGCGACAAGUUAGUUAUCCUAUGAUAUGGUACACAAGUGGCUUUCAUGUGCAGCUACCCAUUUUAGCAAAGUAGUUUUGACAGUUACCACCAGAGCCAAUUAUCUGCACCAUUUUUGAAAAUGCAGCAAAUUCCGGGCCGAUUGCAAGCAGUAGCAUAACUAGGGGUGGGCAAGGAGGCCACAAGCCCCUGGCAUUGCUUUAGGGUGGGAUUUGCUGGAACCAAGGCUGGGGGGGUGUGUGUGCUAGAAUUGAAGCAGCUAGGCUGCUAGUCCAGAAGCUGCAGGCUGGGACUGGUGGAGACAGGCUGGGAAUUGGACAGUGAUAUCAAGGAGGCUCUUGGGUGCUUGACAGAUAAGUGCUGGGCAUGAAAGAAGAAGCAAGAGAUGAAGGCAGAGGGAUGCACCCUUGCUGCAGAAUUAGGGAUUUAUUUCUUUACUCACCAUGGUAUUCAGCAGCACCUUUGUGGGGGCAGCUGAGAGAUUUUACUCAUUAGCUGCCAGGACCCUAAACCAGCCUUGGCUCCAGUCUGGUCUCUUUGCCCUGUCUGCAGGAGCUGGAGGCCCCACAGCCGUCAGGACCCAAGAGCCUCUUGCUCUCACCUCCUGGGUCCUGACACCACCCAGGGCCUCCAGUGAGCCCCUGGGUACUGUCCGGUUCCCUCUACCCCUGCCCUGCAACCAACUUUGCCCAGAAGCAAAAGAGCUUGCCAUGCCUCUGAAUGCAAAAGUCUUCAGAUGCUCCAUAGACUCCAGCCUAAAUACAUAUAACUAUGUAGUUGUGCUGGAGUUGUGCUACAACUAUGUAGUUGUGCCUCUGCACCAUGUGUGGAAAAAGGCAGGUGAUGUAUCCCUAGAACACAUAGCUAAUGUAGAGCCACCUUGGAGGAAAAAGUAGUAGAACUCUGGAAGUAAUAGUUUCCCUCUAAGUGAAUAUUUUUUGCUUGCAAUUUCUGGAGGCUCCAUGGUACUCAGCAGUUUUAGUAUGGUCAAGACAUUUGAGUAAAGGAUUUGUCACAGAGACAAGACCCUCUCCAUCCUAGAAGUGGGGUUUCUAGGAUCCAAGUUGAGGCCUCUUAGUGGACCAAUACAACAGAGCUUGCCCAGGUUUACACCUGUUUUGAAAAUGGAGAGAAAGCACUUUUCUCUUGAAUGUCAAGCAUAGCACUAAACUCAUCUGAGAUAUGCAAAUCCACAAUAUUUAUUUAAGCUUUUCUAAGUAAACUAGCAUAACAUAUUAUUGUAAACCUUCCUCAUCGUGGGGCUUGUAAACUGAAGAGGUGUUGUCAGAGCAGUGUUAGUGUCGUAAGAAUCUAAAUAGUUAGAACAUCUGGCAGUCUAAUCUAUCCUGUCAUUAGUUAUCCACCAUUAGAACAAUAAAAAAUUAAUCAUUUUUAAAGAUGAACUAUAAUCAUGUAAACUAUGAUAAGUCCAAUGUAGUAGUGAAUGUGUUUUUCAAUCCCUAUAAAAAUCAUUUAGUUGGCAGAAUGAAAACAUGCUUUCAAAGUCCAAAUAUAUUUUUCAUUUAAAGUUUUAUUUUAACGGCACUCAUUCUCUCCAGUUAUAAAGAGCAGAUGUGGCUUCCUCCAAGGAGAUAAUUCUAGAAAUGCUAGGUGAAUAUGGGUCAAAGAGAGAAGAGUCUCAUACCUACAAAGUCAUCUAUGCAGACAUUCAAAUCAUUAGUAAUAACUUGUGGUCUUCAAGGUACAUCUGGUAAGAUAAGAUGUGAAGUCUGUAUUUCUGCUCUUUUACAUCAGUUUUGUUUUACUGUUAGUCUAAUAAAGCUAUUGAUACAUGAAUAGGUUUAAUUCAUAGAAGGCAUAAACCUGAAACCAGAAUCAGGACCAUGGUGGUGUAUAUACAGUGAUGUGCUCAGACAUCAUUUUCCUACACACAUGCUUAGCAGAACCUGAACAGGGGCCUGGGGGCUUGCCAGAGCUCAUUGCAUUGGGAUCACCCUUUCCCAUAAGCUCCCCCUUUUGUUGUUUCAUGAACUCUGCCAGUCAUAAAAGUGAUUCAUAAAGGUCAGGGUUGUUCUUUCAUGCCCUGAAUCUGGCCAAUAAAUUCCUGUUUUGAAUUUGAGGAGUUCUGCUAAGACCUGGCCAAUAUUUGCCCCUUCCUAAGGCUAUAUACUGAACCAGCCAGAUUUUCUGGGUGAAAUUGCUAAGCAGAGGGAUACACUUAUUUCACCAGAUGCAUUCUUUCCCUAGCUCUAUCUUGCUUCUUUCUAUGGAAAUCCCGAGACCUCCAAACUCAUAGGGCUGAGGAAUGUAAAGUUUUUCUUAUGUUGCAGCCUGUGUUUCUCUAGCCUUUUUGUAGCUUUUGGAUCAAUACUCAGGGUAUUUUAUUGUAAAGGACAAGUGGUUCUCAUCUAAAGUAGUUAAAAUACUGGACACGUGGGACCAUACUAUAAACCUGCUGUCU